AUGGCGCCGAUUCUGAAGCCGAGGCAGAGCCUGGUCAAGGACCGAUUUCCCAAUUAUUUUGGAUCCAUGAAGACACAGGCCUACCAUACUCCAAGCUCUCAGACCAUCCGCACAAUUGCUUGGAAUGCCACAGGCAGCUUGAUAGCUGUUGGGGCUACAGACAAAAGUCUUCGUGUCUGGAAUCCUGAGAAACCCAACGCUCGCUAUUCCACUGACCUCAAGGGGCAUGGUGCUCCGAUAGAGAAGGUCGCCUUCAACCCGGUUAAGGAAUCGGAGCUCUGUAGCGUCAGCAAUGAUGGCGUCGUCAAGUUUUGGGACGUGCGCAACAAAACCUGCAUUAACGAAGUGAAAGGCCUAGGCGAGGCUUUCACGGUAGUUUGGGCUCCUGAUGGCGAGUCCCUCAUCGUGGGUAAUAAAACAGAUAAUAUUUUCAUAUUGGACCCUGCAUCUUCAACACCACGGGCCAGUUUCCAGCAACCCGUCCAGACCAACCAGAUCAGCUUCUCCUGGGACGGCAGCGUCAUUUUCAUCACCACUGGAGAGGGCAAAGUACGCGUCCUGACCUACCCGGACUUCCAGCCUGCCCUGACCUACGACUAUGAUAUACCCGGCGCGACAUCCAACGAGUUCGCCCUCGCAGGGCACACCUCAUCAUGCCUGAGCGUUGAGCUGUCGCCCGUCGCCAAGUACCUGGCCACGGGCGGAAGCGACUCGAUCAUCUCGCUAUGGGACACGACCGACUGGCUGUGCCAGCGCACGAUGACCAGCAUGAGCGGACCCGUCCGCAGCCUCAGCUUCACCUGGGACGGCAUGUAUCUCGUCGGCGGCAGCGAUGAGGGCACUGGCGUCGAGGUGUACUACGCCGAGACGGGCGAGCACGUUCACACGUUUAAGACGGCCAGUUCCUGCCCUGUUGUGGCGUGGCAUCCUACGCGUUAUUUCCUUGCCUUUACUGACGCCGGAACACUGCGGAUUGUUGGUCUGGACGCUGACCGGAAGUAA